CAUUCUUAGCAAUCUCUUUCAAUCCCUUCACCGGCAUUCGACCGGCGGUAACCCUCGCCGGUCGGUGCCGUACAUUUGUAUAUAAUAAAUAAAUAUAUAUAAAAGAUAAGAUAAUAUAAUAUCUAUGGAUAGUCCCAAAAACCUUUUUAACAAUGACCCUGACGCUGAUCUGCGUCGGCAUCUUGAUGAUUAUUGCCCUGAACCAUUACCCUUCAACGCUCCUAUGGAUUUUACUCGACAUGAUAACAUAUGGCCUCCUCCGAUAAGACAAGACGAUAACUUUCUGGGUUACGACGAUUCAUCGGGUGACUUCAAUUUCGACGAUUUCUUUAAUUAUGGUGAAUAUGAGAAUGAUGUUACGGUUGAGGAAGCGAGAGGAGGAGGAGGGGGUUUACAUACGGGAAAUCCUUCGUCAAGCGGAACAAAGGAGUUGGGGUUUCUUUUGGUACAACCUGGAAAUGUGGACUGCAGCCGGUGUAUUUGCGUUAGCCAGUUGUCUGAUUAUACCAAUGGACUCUACAACAUGAGGCUUACUGUCCACGCAGUGGGGACGAACAUAGAUCAUCUCGUAUUUGAUGCAGAGGCUACAGAUCCUGAGGUUAUCAACGGAGCCGAAGCGUUUUAUUUAAAGUUUGAGGGUCAUAGUGUAGAAUCGGUGAACGCUUAUCUAUCCAAUUAUGCAAUACAAAUGAAUCAAGAUGGUUCAUUUGUCCUGCAAGAUUCUUUUAUAAGGAUUUAUAACAAACUACUCGGAGGCGACAAUGACGAUGAUCGGGAAUCCACUCCAGAAAAUUCGAAUGAAGGAAACGAUGGGGAAGGAGGCCGGGCGGGACCGGACCAAGUCCCUCAAGCCAUUGGCAAUCAAGCGUGGGUAGAAGGUCCAGGAGAGUCUAGUGAUAAUGUUGCCGCAGAACCGCUCGGUCCACUCAGUCCUAAUCCUCCACCAAGGCCUCGUAGGCUGAGUGUCAGUGAGCAGAGAGAAAGAACUGCCGGUAUGACUAUUAUGGAUCUUUUACCGCAUUUUCACGUGAGAGCAGAAGAAGCAGCGCGAAGGUUAAACAUAUGUCCUACAACGCUGAAAAUACAAUGUCGAAAGCAUAAGAUUGUACGAUGGCCAUAUCGCAAGGUCAAGAGCAUAGAUAACAGAAUUGAAGGACUGGAGAGGACUCUGAAAGAGAAGUUGAAUCAAGGCAGAGUAGAGGAAACAAUGGCCAUAAGAGAUGAAAUAGAAAGAGAGAGGGAGAAGAGAGAAAAGCUGUAUCAGGACAUCGUUGCUGUGGCUCUCAGUUAAGAGCUUGAGCCUCCGUUAUUUGCUCUGCUGGUGUUGAAUAAGUUACUUUUGGACAUCGAUUCUGUAUGUUACUUUGAAGUUUGUUCUCCCGCGCGAUGAACGGAUUUCGAUCAAAUUCGAUCAUAAAAGAAACCAUGAGAUUUUUGAUGUAAAAAUAUACAAUCUAAAUUUCUUCAAUAAAUAUUUCACAUCUGCUGCUCAGUACAGCACAUCUACCACGCGAUACAGAAAAAAUACAUUUAAUGAGAAAUUGGAUGCACACAUGAAUGACCAGAUUUUCCUUUGUUUUUUCCCCUCUGGUGCGUGGUGGUGGUGGAAAAGGUAAAUGUGCAUGAGCUCAAACUCAACGAUGGUUGGGGGCAGUCCAGCAGAAUCACCGUUUUGGUAUUCUCCAAAAGAAUAUACUCUGGGGGAAAGGAUUUUUGCAAUUUCGAUUUAGUCGCGCAGACCUGUGCAAUUUCGAUUUCGUCCCAGACGUAAAUUGCAAGAAAAAAAAA